GAUGAGCAAGAUAUUCCGUUGGCAUGGCCCGAGCAUGGUCCGUCCUCUUACAAACACAAUGGCUCGAUACGGAAUGUGAGCACUUUUUCUUGAUAUCCAACAGGGUACGCGAGAGAAGAUUAAAUAACUUGCUCAUCCCCAGGAAUUUGGUCAAUUGUGAAUUGAAUUAAGCUUUCAGCCAAAUAGUCUGUACCUUUCCUAGAGCCUCGAAGAAUUUCUUCUCUUACUUGUACCUGCUUCCGCGAAUAUCCCCAAAUUCUUCCAAUAUCAACAAAGAGAACCUCCACACAAUGGCACGUCUAACGGCUCUUCUCGGUCUUGCUGCCGUUGUCUCCCAAUGCUCUGCGCACUUUCUCUUGAACUAUCCUCCAACCUAUGGUUUCAACGAUGAUGCAGAAGGAACUGCUCCUUGUGGUGGCUUUACCGUUGGUUUCGAUAAGAAUGUUACCGACUUCCACGUAGAUGGAGAUUCAAUUGCAAUGACCUCUACCCACCCAACUACAACAUGGUUGUUCAGAGCUACGCUUGGAAAUGAUACUGCUGCGGCCAACUGGACAGACCUUAUCCCAUCUGUCCAACAAACUGGUCUCGGUGCUUUCUGCGAACCAACCGUUACUGUUCCAUCCACAUUCGCUGGAAGCCAGGGUGUCAUCAAUGUUGUCGCUGAUGGUCCAGAUGGACUUCUCUACCAAUGCGCCGCCGUAUCUUUUGUUACCGGAUCCGCAACCGCUGCUCCUACUUCAUGCAAGAAUGCAACCGGUGUAUCGGCAAGCUACGCUGCAGACGCAGCCCUCUCCAGCCUUCCCGCAUCCGCGACCGCAACCGCAUCCACCAGUGGAACCUCCGGCACCGCUGCUGCAACCAGUUCUAGCGCGGCUGGAGCUUUGACUGUUGGACCUGUGGCAUAUGGUGCUAUGGGAUCCUUAAUGUGGGUUGGAAGCAUUGGUGUUGCCAGUUUCGCUGCUUUCUUGUUGUAAAUAAUGGAUGGGAUAUGAUAUGAAUAACGAAUGAACAAAUGCGAGCGAGAUACGCUGUAAAUAGGAUUUUAUUCCAGAAUAAUCGAAAUUAAAAGAAUUAAUUAAAAAUCACUUGGCUGUCUUCAACCUGCAAACUUGAGCCCAGAGCUUACUAUCAAAAACGCGUUCUCGCUCAUCUGCGUGUGACACUGAAUUCCUAUGAAGGAGUUAAUCCCGCUUGCAGAAUCGCAAGCAACAAUGUCACUUGAAACCUUAGACUGGGAUUGAUCCUCGUUGUAUGUGCGGAGAUCAGACAACAGAGCGUGGAAUUUUUGGUGCAUUAAUCAUGAUGGGCCAAGGAAAAUAUCCA